UGUGAUAGCUGGUGCUGGUAUGGAAUCUUCUGUUCUCCCAUGUUCUGCUUCAAUCUUCAGAUUCGAUGUUGAAUAUAAUCUGACACAAGAACAGGUUGAGAUCGUUUGUGAUCACUAUCCUAUUGAGGUUUCUAUAUUACCAUCCCAGUUUAAGUAUAGUGAUCCUUCAUUGAGCAUUGCAGCCUUCAAUAUUCAAAUCUUUGGAGUAACUAAAUCUGGUAAAGACAAUGUCAUGGAUAUUUUAGCCAAGAUUUUGAAUCGUUAUGACCUGAUCUUGAUCCAGGAGAUACGUGAUUCAAGGACAAAUGAACCAGCAGUAAAAGAGCUUCAAGAUUUGGUCAACAGAAACAAUGAAGAUCCAUUCCUGUAUGUGAUCAGUGAGCGACUUGGAAGAUCAAGCAGUAAAGAGCAGUAUGCAUACUUUUACAGACCAAGUAAGCUGGAGCUUGUUACAAGUUAUGUGUUUGAAGAAACACAAGGAGAUGUAUUUCAGAGGGAACCCUAUAUUGCUUACUUCAAAUCACCAACAACUUAUGUGAAGGAGUUUAUAAUAGGUGGUAUUCAUACACAACCAGAUGAAGCAGUUGCAGAGAUAGACAACCUUGUUGAUGUUUACAGUGCCAUCCAAGAGAAGUAUGAAGUUGAGGUAAAAAUUUAAGGAUGUAGCCAAGAGCGAACAUGCAUGCAAGUCAUUUGUGUAUGCUUUAUAACUGAAAGUAACCAUCAUGCAAUUUUUUCAAUAAAGAAAAGAGCUUUAAGGGGAAUCACUUCACCCCUAUAGCAUGUAAAGAAAUGAGAUACCAUAGAAUAUAUUUUCUUUCCAAGAUAGGCCUAUAGCUAGGACUCUGAUAAUAUGCUCCUAGUUCUGAGCUUAACUCUAGCCUGAUAUCAUGAUGUAAAGCAAACUGUGUCUGUGUAAUCUGGGGAAAUUUCAGAGUGAUUUUUAUUGUACCAAUAAUGCACAGUUGUGACUGUGUUAGUGGCAAUGCAACGCACUUGACAGUAAUUACAUCGUGAAUAUCCAAGAUGCCUGCAUCGCAAAUAGCAUAUCAAAUUUAAAUAUUUGCAUUAUUUUUUUUAUAAAACGGGUCAUCGGUAUGAAUUUGUAGUAAAACUUUCAUUUAAAAACAACUCAAAAUUUCCUUGUAUCCUUGUUUCCUUGUUUGACCCCCCCAGACAUAUUUUGUUGCUACGCUGCCGCACAAUUUUUGUCUAGCCUGCAUAGCAGAGUGAGACUAUAGGCGCCGCUUUUUCACUUUUGACGACAUCAAAUCUUAACCAAAGGUUAAGUUUUUGAAAUGACAGCAUAACUUAGAAAGUAUAUGGACCUAGUUCAUGAAACUUGGACAUAAGAUUAAUCAAGUAUUACUGAAUAUCCUGUCUGCGUUUCAGGUCACCUGACCAAGGUCAGAGGUCAUUUAGGGUCAAUUAACUUGGACCAUGUUUGGGGAAUCAAUAUCAAAAUCUUAACCAAGGUUAAGUUUUUGAAAUGUUGUCAUAACUUCAAAAUUAUUUGGACCUAGUUCAUAAAACUUAGACAUAAGGGUAAUGGUGUAUCACUGAAGAUCCUGCCUGAGUUUCAGGUCACAUGAUUAAGGUCAAAGGUCACCUAGGGUCAACAAACUUUGGCCAUGUUGGGGUUAUUUAAGGUUUUGUCAUCAUAAAUUUAAAAUUUUAUUGAUCUAGUUCAUGAAACUUGGACAUAAGAGCAACCAUGUAUCCCUGAAUAUCAUGUGCGAGUUUCAGUUCACAUGAACAAGGUAUAAGGUCAUUUAGGGUCAACAAACUUUGGUAAUGUUGGGGGUAUUUGUGGAACUGUCAUCAUAACUUUAAAAGUUUAUGGAUCUAGUUCAUGAAACUUGGACAUAAGUGCAGCAAUGUAUCCCUGAAUACCCUCUGCACGUUUUAGGAACAUGGCCAAAAUCAAAGGUCAUUUAAACGUCAAUGAACUCUGGCUGUGUUUAUGGAUCUAGCUCAUGAAACAUCGACAUAAGGGUAAUCAAGUAUGAAUGAUUGUUUUGCGCAUGUCUUAGGUCACUAGGCCCGUUUUGAAAGUUUAUAUUUGAUGCACAUGUACACAGCUUGUUUUUUGGUCGUGUACACGUUGUAAGCACUGAGAGCCAGUUAUGUUACGUGAUAUGAUAACUUGCAUUUGGCCUAAGUUUUAUUUUAUUUUGUAAACAGCUUUAAUUCGAUCAAACAUCGAUGCAUCGAAAUUUGAAGGCGGGAAAAUCAAGUCAAUUUUUAUGCUCUGUCAUGACCGCGCAGAAAAGCGCUGAGGCUGGGGUAAGCGUUGCACAAGUGGCUGGAUGCAGAGCAAUAAGGAUUGUCUGUAUUUUCCAUGAUCACAAAACUAACC